AUGAAUUAUCUUCUUGGAGCUUUCAAGCCUGCAUGUAAUAUUUCAGUAACGUUUACUGAUGGGAAAAAUCGUAAACAAGUACCGAUUAAGAAAGAUAAUGGACAAACAGUUAUGAAUCCACUUUUUCAGAGUCAAGAAACUAUUGCUGGGAAGGUCUGCAUUGAACCAUAUCAAGGGAAAAAAGUGGAGCACAAUGGUGUAAAAGUUGAGCUUCUUGGUCAAAUAGAAAUGUAUUUUGACAGAGGAAACUUUUAUGACUUCACUUCCUUGGUGCGAGAGCUGGAUGUACCUGGAGAAAUAUAUGAAAGAAAGACGUAUCCAUUUGAAUUUCCGAGCGUUGAGAUGCCAUAUGAGACCUACAAUGGUGUGAAUGUGCGGCUAAGGUAUGUCCUCAAAGUAACAGUUACACGUGGCUAUGCUGGAAGCAUUGUGGAAUAUCAGGACUUUGUGGUCCGUAACUAUGCUCCACUACCUCCAAUCAAUAACAGCAUCAAGAUGGAAGUUGGAAUCGAGGACUGCUUGCAUAUUGAGUUUGAGUACAAUAAAAGCAAGUAUCAUCUGAAAGAUGUUAUCCUUGGGAAAAUAUACUUUCUUCUGGUGAGAAUCAAGAUAAAGAAUAUGGAUCUUGAGAUCAGACGGCGAGAAUCUACAGGAGCAGGAGCUAAUACUCACGUUGAAACAGAAACACUAGCCAAAUUUGAGUUAAUGGAUGGUGCUCCCGUUAGAGGCGAAUCGAUACCUGUGAGACUGUUCUUGACACCAUACGACCUGACACCAACGCACAAGAACAUAAACAACAAAUUCAGCGUUAAGUAUUAUCUGAAUCUUGUGCUGGUGGACGAAGAGGAUCGCCGUUACUUCAAGCAGCAAGAAAUCACCUUGUACAGGCUCAAGGAAGAGACUUCUUCUUGA